UUCCAUGAAAAGACCGAUGACGAUCCUUUUGGAUUUUUGGAGAGAAGAAGAGAGGAGAGGAGAAGAGACGAGAGGAGGGGAGAGAGGAGUCAGCGCCACUUUACGCAGCGACCGUCCGUGGAUGUACGCGAGUUUGAGGGAUAACUGAGGAGUUUCUGAACAUCAACAACGACGACAAUCAGCCACAAUGAAUAAUGCAACCAACCGAACCAUUGACCCGAGCUGCAGGGACAAACCUCCGCUGGCCAUCGACAUCAUUGUCAAUUUGGACAUUUUUGGCAUCAUCCUGUAUUCCAUUCUCACCUUCAUGGCCACCGUGUCUGUGCUGGUCUACAUAGAGGAAUGUAUCUACAUCUACAGGAAAGUGCCGUCCAAUAAGAAGAGUGUCAUCAUCUGGGUGAAUGGAGCCGCACCGGUAAUUGCUACCAUGUCAUGUCUGGGCAUGUGGAUCCCCAGAGCCACCAUGUUUACUGAUAUGACCUCGGCCUGUUACUUUGCCAUUGUGGUUUUCAAGUUCUUGGUCCUGAUGCUGGAGGAGAUCGGUGGUGAUGAAGCCUUUCUAAAGCGGGCAGGGAAGCACAAACUGAAGAUCAGCACAGGGCCGUGCUGCUGCUGCUGCCUCUGUCUGCCGUAUGUCCACAUUACACGGCGAACUCUCUUCCUGCUCAAACUCGGCUCCUUCCAGUUCGCUCUCCUGAAGAUCGUCUUCACCAUCCUUUCCAUUGUGCUCUGGACCAACGGCACAUUUGACCUGGCUGACUUGGAGAUUACUGGAGCUGCCAUAUGGAUCAACCCAUUUGUAGGCAUCCUGACCAUUAUAGCCCUGUGGCCGGUUGCCAUCAUGUUUAUGCAUCUGAGAGUUGCCCUACGGACUAUUAAGAUCGUUCCCAAGUAUGCCAUGUACCAACUAGUACUGAUCCUGAGCCAGCUGCAGACGGCUAUCAUCAACAUCUUGGCUUUAAAUGGAACCAUUCCCUGUGCCCCACCUUUCUCUGCAGCAGCAAGAGGAUACAUGUUGAGUCAGCAGUUACUGAUCCUUGAGAUGUUCAUCAUCACACUGGUAACGCGGCUGUUGUACCGACGACAGUAUGACCCUUUACCUGUGGAAAAAGUGGACGACAAUGAAAAUACCAAGAUGGUGGCAAUGCCUGAAUCGGCAUGAGAAGUGUUGGUGCGUGUGUAUUUUUUUGUGUGUGUGCGUAUUUUUUGAUUUUGAGAUGUAUAAACAAAUAUUAUAAAAUCAGAUUUGAAAUGAAAUUAAUAAAGUGAUAUGUGAUGAUCAUAGAC